AUGAAGCACUUUGAAGGACACAAGUAUGAGACUGAUCCAAGAGACAUUGAUUAUCUAAUCAACAAGGGAUAUAACAACUUGGAAUGGGUCAUAAAGAAGUACAAUGCAACUGAGGACACAGAGGACAACAACAACACUGCAUCCACAUCAAGGACGAAGUGA